AUGGGAUCUAACACUUUCUUUGACAUUACUAUUGACGGCAAGCCUGCUGGACGUAUCGUCUUCAGGCUCUUUGAUGACGUUGUCCCCAAGACAACUAGAAAUUUCCGUGAACUCUGUACUGGUCAAAAUGGUUUUGGAUACAAAGGAAGUUCAUUCCAUCGUAUCAUUCCUCAAUUUAUGCUUCAAGGUGGUGACUUCACCAAAGGAAACGGCACUGGUGGAAAAUCCAUCUAUGGUGAGAAAUUUGAAGAUGAAAACUUCAAAUUGAAGCAUGACCGACCUGGAUUGUUGUCUAUGGCUAACGCUGGCAAGAACACAAACGGUUCUCAAUUCUUUAUUACGACUGUUGUUACCAGCUGGUUGGAUGGAGCACAUGUCGUAUUUGGAGAAGUUGUUGAAGGAAUGGAUCUUGUAAAGAAGAUUGAAGCUUUGGGUUCAGCAAGUGGUACACCUAAAGCCAAAGUUACCAUCGAAAGUUGUGGUGAAUUGUAA